AUGAGACAACCGCUUCCGUACGGCAAUUUCCGAUGGCUCGAUCGCGAAGAAAUCAAUGCCCUUCAGUUCGCUCAGGUUUCAGACGACUCACCCACUGGUUACAUCUUGGAGGUAGACCUAGACUAUCCAGAGGAACUACACGACUCGCAUGCAGACUUUCCUUUGGCUCCGGAAAAACGAGGUGUUCCUUUCGAAUGGCUUUCGUCUUAUCAAAAGGCGCUAGUGAAAAAAUUUGGCCUACCCGAGAGAGAAUUUGAACGUAAGCUUCUUUUAACCCUAUUUCCCAAACAUGAUUAUGUUAUUCAUUUCCGAAACGUAAAGUUGUACCUGCAGCUAGGGUUAAAACUGAAGAAGAUUCAUCGCGUCCUGCAGUUUUCCCAGCGGGCCUUUCUAAAAGAAUUUAUCGACUUCAAUCACGAUCUGCGCAAGCAGGCUACCAACACCUUUCAGAAGAAUCUGUCAAAGCUCUUUAUGAACUCGAUCUACGGAAAGACGAUUGAAAAUCCUCGCCAAUGCAACGACAUUGUCAUUAGCGUUUCCGAGGACGAAGUCGUAAAAAAUCUGCAAAAACCUAACCUUAGACAAUUUACAGCGAUCGGUCCGAACGUGGUCAUAUUUCAAUUUUCACAGAAAACUUUGCACCUGAACAAGCCCAUAUACGCAGGUUUCUCUAUCCUAGAGAUGUCGAAGAUCGUCAUGUACGAUUUCUUCUAUAAUCAGAUCAGGAGAGUUUUCCCGGAUGCUCGCGCUGCAUAUAGCGACACGGACUCAUUUAUCCUCCAAAUCAGCGGUCGGGACGUCGACGAGAAGCUCGCAGAGCUUACCGAGAGCCACCUAGAUACUUCCGGUUACCCGUCCGACCACGCCUUGUAUUCGCUUCAAAACAAAAUGCGACUUGGAGUUUUCAAAAACGAGCUGCCGAAGGACCACAUUCUAGGAUUUGUCUGUCUUAAACCGAAACUCUAUGCACUCGAUCUAGAGUCUCAAGAACAUUGUGUGAGGGCUAAAGGAGUAAAAAGAUGCGAGUCGCGUAAGCUAACUUACGAUCUCUACCUUCAGACUCUCGAGACACAAACUCUGCACACUGACACCCAAAGAAUCAUUGCUCGUAAGCAAAAUGAAAACAAAAGUGUCGUCGUAGAAAAAAUUGGAUUGAACCCCUUCGACAACAAGCGUUUUAUCGAAGACAACGGACUUUCGACGCUUCCUUACGGACAUCUCAGACUCGGCGAAAUGUCCUCCUCCAAGAGAACCGGGUGUGUUCGAUAA